AACAAUAUGUGAACCUAAAGAUCGAGUUGGUUUAGUUUUAAAUCUCACCACCUUUUUACUCCCUCCUCAUUUAUUACAUAAUCUCUUGGAUUUUUUCAUCAUUGUCAAAGGCUUACGAUCAAGCAUCUUAAAAUCUGUAUAAAUCCAGCUGUGGAGCAGAAGAACAUAAGCUGCAGCUUGCAUUUUCUCAAGUGUGACUUAUAAGCAAAACUCAAGCACAUUUUGCAUCAAAAGCAAGCUCCCAUUUCCCAUAUCAUACACUCGUGUUCUUUUCGCAACCCUUAGGCCUUUUUAUAAAUUGAGUGUGCAGAGUCAGUUUAUUAGUGUAGACCAAGAAAUGGAGAUCAAUUCUGAGACUUUUGUUCUUCAAAGCAGCACCCGGGCUGGCGUUUUAGGCCAGGUUGGGAUGCUUUGGGACCUGGCAAAGGCGCCGCUGAUCGUGCCUGUGCUGAGACUGAUGGUGAAUGUGUGUCUGGCAAUGUCUGUGAUGUUGUUUGUGGAGAGGGUUUAUAUGGGAAUUGUGAAGCUGUUUAUUCAGGUGCUGCGUCGAACACCCAAAAAGAAGUUCAAGUGGGAGGCCAUGAAGGAGGAUCUUGAGUUGGGGAGUUUGGCUUAUCCUAUGGUGUUAGUGCAGAUACCCAUGUAUAAUGAAAAAGAGGUGUAUCAGCUGUCAAUUGGUGCAGCAUGUGGACUUUCUUGGCCAUCUGAUAGAAUUAUAAUUCAGGUUCUUGAUGAUUCAACUGAUCCAGCUAUUAAGGAGAUGGUGGAGCUAGAAUGCAAGAGAUGGGCAAACAAAGGAAUCAACAUAAAAUAUGAGAUCAGAGAAAACAGAACUGGCUACAAAGCAGGGGCCCUCAGAGAAGGAUUGAAGCAUGGCUAUGUGAACCAAUGUGACUUUGUUGCCAUCUUUGAUGCUGAUUUCCAGCCUGAGCCUGAUUUCUUGUGGCGCACCAUUCCUUUCUUUGUCCACAACCCCGAUAUCGCCCUUGUUCAAGCUCGUUGGAUAUUCGUCAAUGCAGAUGAGUGCUUGAUGACAAGAAUGCAGGAGAUGUCUCUGGAUUAUCACUUCAUUGUUGAGCAAGAAGUCGGUUCCCACACAUAUGCAUUUUUUGGCUUCAAUGGAACUGCUGGUGUGUGGAGAAUUGCAGCACUUAAUGAAGCAGGAGGUUGGAAGGACAGAACAACUGUUGAGGACAUGGAUUUAGCUGUCCGCGCUACACUCAAAGGAUGGAAAUUUGUUUAUGCCGGAGAUGUUCAGGUUAAAAGUGAACUUCCGAGUACUUUCAAGGCAUUCCGCUAUCAACAACAUAGAUGGUCUUGCGGUCCUGCUAAUCUCUUCAGGAAAAUGGCUGUUGAAAUCUUAACAAACAAGAAAGUGACCUUGUGGAAGAAAUUAUAUGUGCUUUAUAGUUUCUUCUUUGUAAGGAAGAUCGUGGGCCACAUCGUCACAUUCAGCUUCUACUGUGUCGUCUUGCCAAUGACUGUUUUGGUUCCUGAAGUUGAAGUUCCUAUAUGGGGAGCUAUUUAUAUUCCUUCAGUUAUUACCAUUCUCAAUUCUGUUGGUACUCCAAGGUCACUGCAUCUGGUGAUUAUCUGGAUACUUUUUGAAAAUGUUAUGUCUUUGCACCGGACAAAAGCUACUAUCAUCGGCUUGUUGGAGAUCGGGAGAGUCAAUGAGUGGGUUGUCACUGAAAAACUAGGAGAUUCUUUCAAAAUGAAGACUUCUGGUGUUAAACAUUUAAAGAAAUUCUUCCAAUUCAACCCAAAAUUUUGGGGAAGGUUUAACAGGCUAGAGAUUAUUACUGGGAUGUUUCUGUUCUCUUGUGGAUGGUAUGAUUAUUACUAUGGGAAGAACAAUUACUUCAUCUACCUCUUCGUUCAAUCAAUGGCGUUCUUUGUUGUCGGGUUGGGAUAUGUUGGCACAUUUGUCCCCAACUAGCACAUCUCUCACAGAGCACAUCUGUUAUGUUGGGACCAAUAUAUCUAGAGAAACUAAGGAAUUGUUGAGGACAUUAGUUUGAGUAUCGUAGUUUGAUUCUUUUCUGUUAUUGCAAUGUAUAAGAAUGGCUUGUCAUUCUUGUUUUGUGCACUAGCAGUCAAGAAGCCUGUCUAAGUACUGGUACUAAAGUUUUAGAUAGUAAUCUGUUCUUUACAGAAACAUGUAUGGAUCGAAAAGAAAAAAGCAGUUAUGAAAGGUUUUUUGAAUUUUA